AUGAAGAAUAAUAUAAGGGAAACUCACAUUUUAGACCAGGAUUUUGAUAAUAUUCUCUCGGCUGUUGACGAUCCUAUUUCAGUUAUUAACUAACGCAGGAUAGAGAAUAGUGGGUUGAAGGAAGACAGGUACUUGGAGAUGAACAACAGCAAGUCGGGCAAAAGGCAUAUUGCGAAUCAAAUUCGGAGUCAGAAUCCUUCUCCCAUUAACAAAAAGAAGACUUUAAGGAGUAAUACCUCUAAGGCAAGGAAUGAAACUAUUGAAGGAGACCUGGAAUCCAUCAUUGACGACGCCUUUAACAGGAAGCGAGAGAAAAUCAGUGAAACAGACUAGAUUUUACAGACCGGAGGAGGAAACAUUUCACGAAGUAAAAAGGGAAGCAGAUUAUCCUUCGACAAUGAUGGCUUGCAGCAGUUAAUUGACAUGGCUAAACUCAGAAGGCAGGAAAAUAAUCUCAAUAACACCAAAGAGAGGUUCGUCUUACCUUAGAUUAGAAACAAUUCAUCAAAUAUUAAAAAAGAAUCAUCGACCAAGAAUAACUAUGUUGAUGAUGAAACUCCCUGGACACAUAGAGUCAAAACUGUCAUUGCUACAACAGCAAAUACACCCCAAAAUAUGCUAGGUCCUGGCUUAACUUAGAAUAAUCCCAAGGUACCAAACAUUAAUACUACUUAGAGUUUCAAUAAUACUAAGAUCGAUCCUUCCCCCCAGAUAACUAAGAUGAAGAUAAGUGAUUAAACCCCAGAUCACUCCAUGAUAUCCUUUGAUAACACAAUGCAAAUCCAAAAAGAUGGAGCUAAGGUUUUCAAUAGAGGUUCGCAUCUAUUCAAGGACGGGUUAAAUUAAGGAAUAAAAGGAGUUCAUAGUCUGGAUAAUCAAACAGAGAACGAUGUGCCUGUCUAGGGAUAAGGUGGAUAUGUUGUGAAAAAGAAACGACAAUCGAAAGUUACUAAUAAUUAGAUAGAAAUUAUUAAGCCUAGCGACAGUGUUAACAACCAAAAUGAUUCAGUUGUAUCCUAAGAUGAUAAAUUACAGUAACACCAAUUAGAUAAUAUGAAAUUAUUACCUAUCAAGAAGUAUAAGAAUGACCUAGAUACAACCAGCUAGCUACAGUUAAACUCUUAAAGAAGUAAAUCCUCGCUUUAAAACGAAAAGCUAAUCAGUAGUAGUCGUGAAUUUAAUAAUAACCUUGGUGGAUCUUUCAACCACAAAAAUGGAAGAGACAGGGAAAGAGGAGGCUCAUUGAACAAUAAAUCUUCUCAUCAUCAUCAUCACUAGGAGAGACCUCGAGAUCAAAACCCCAAUAACAUUAGCAGCACACUUUCUCCCACUAGGCACAAGAGAUCUCACAGGAACAAUUCAGUAGGUAAGAAGAAGGACUAAGGGCAAAGUCAAAAUGGAAUUUAUUUACAACAGGAUCAAACAGAAUCAAUGAUUUAAAAGAAGAAUGUUCAUUUUAAAGAUGAAGUUGAGGGAAAUAGUUUGUGUGAUGUAGUUGUAAUAGAAAGCUAUAAAAAAUACUACAAUAAUGGUAACUAGGCUUCUUGUUCAUGUUUUUGUUCGAUUUUUUGA